AUGUCUUCCCCGGAAACCGCGCUCAAGUUUGACUCAAUUGAGGACACAAUUGAAGCCUUUGCGCAGGGAGAGUUCAUCAUUGUGCUGGACUCGAAAGACCGUGAGAAUGAAGGCGAUCUCAUCAUCGCCGCCGACAAAAUCACAGCGGCCCAAAUGGCCUUCCUGGUCCGCUACACGAGCGGCUUAAUAUGCGCACCCAUCACGCCCGAGCUCGCGACCCGCCUCGCCCUCCCACCAAUGGUAGCCCUAAACGAGGACCCUAAGGGCACAGCGUACACCAUCACAAUCGACUCCAGCGACGACAGCGUGACAACAGGCAUUUCCGCUAGUGAUCGUGCGCUGACCUGCCGCACACUUGCCUCCUCAUCUGCCGAGAUCGCCUCCUUCCGACGACCGGGCCAUAUCAUUCCGCUGCGGGCGAAUCCUGGCGGCGUCCGCCAGCGCCCGGGCCACACCGAGGCGGCGGUGGAUUUCUGUAAGCUUGCUGGGAAGCCCCCUGUGGGUGUUAUUGCGGAGUUGGUGGAGGAUGGGGAGGCUGUUGGUGGGAAGCCGGAGAUUAAGAAUAAUGAGAUGAUGCGGCGGGAUGGGUGUUUGACGUUUGGAAAGAAGUGGGGAAUUAAGGUUUGUACGAUUGAGGAUUUGGUGGAUUAUUUGAAUAAGACUGAGGGGACUGCUAAUGGGCAGCAUUGA